GCGUGGCCGCUCUCAGGUUUCUCUCUGGUAACCGGUGUAACCACAUGUUGUCUGAUUGAGGUUACCUGAUUAUAGCGAAUGAACGUGGAUCUCGUGUAAAUAUUCGUUCAGCAAGAAACACAGUGAUAUCUCCGUCAACAAUUGUUAUAAGUAUUUAUACUUUGCAAUCAUGACGAAAGUUAAACGAGCUAACAAUAAUGAAUGGAAGCCUGUAACAUUGGAAGGCACCUUAUUGUCCAACGGUAUAGAGGGAUUAAUUGGAAUAGAGGAGCUGACGGAUUAUAACUUGGAGCGCAGCAGCAAAAGGGGCAAAGUCGUGACCACAAAAGUGAAAUCUACUGAGAAAAAGCAAUCGGCGUCAAAGCGCAGAUGCCCGGAAGAACAGAAAGAAACUAACAGUACUGAGCCUGCUGUGAAGAAAUCGAAGACUAAGAAAGAAGCAGAAGUUAAAAGAAGAAAGGACGGGAAGACUGCAAAGUCAGCGGACCUCACAGUCGCUGAUCGACAAGUUAAUUCCGACAGCGACGAUGAUUUAUACUGUGACACAGACAGCAAGGAAAGUUUGGCCAAAAUUAAUGUUGAAGCAUGGAGGUGCAUGGAUGUGCCUGCUGCUGUAAUAAGAGCUCUGGCCGAUCAGAAUUUUCAUUCUCCUACUAUGAUACAAGCGAGGACAUUGCCAGCUGCCAUAUUGGGCCGCAGGGAUAUAUUGGGUGCUGCUGAAACUGGUAGCGGCAAAACGUUAGCAUUUGGUAUUCCGAUUAUAAAGGGUAUCUUGGAUUUAAAGAGCCAGAACAAAGGACAGGUUUUGCCCGAGAAAAAAGCUGAAGAAUCUGGUUCAGAAGAUGAAGACUUAUCGGAGUUUGAGAAUUGCGUGAGUGUUGUGAAUGAUGUAAAGCUUGAUGAUUGUCACAAUAUUCCAACCAAGGCGCCGCUCUAUGCUUUAAUCCUGACGCCAACUCGUGAAUUAGCAGUUCAAAUAAAAAGCCAUCUUACUCAGGCAGCGAAAUAUACAGAUAUUAAGAUAGCUGUUGUCCUUGGAGGCAUGGCAGCAGUGAAACAAGAAAGGAUAUUAAGCAAGGGUCCCGAAAUUGUCAUUGCUACACCUGGAAGACUGUGGGAAUUGGUUCAAGCAGGCAACCCCCAUCUCAGUCAAAUAGAUUCUAUCAGAUAUCUAGCUAUUGAUGAGACUGAUCGAAUGAUGGAAAAAGGUCAUUUUCAAGAAUUGCACGAUUUGUUGGAGAAAAUUAAUGCAAAUCCGGCAAAGCUGCAGAAACGACAGAUAUUCGUUUUCUCGGCUACUUUAACUAUGGUGCACGACCUCCCGGAUUAUCUUGAUAGAAAGAAGAAGCGAUAUGCUAGGAGUAAAAUAUGUAAACUCACUUCUGAUCAGAAAUUGCAAAAAAUCAUACAGUUGUUAAAAAUAAAGAAUCCUAAAGUCGUUGAUCUUACAAAGGAGUCAGGUACUGCCGAUAACUUAACAGAAUGUCGAAUAGCGUGCACAAUUGACCAUAAGGAUUAUUAUCUUUAUUACUUUUUAAAAAGACACAACGGCAGAACAUUAGUAUUUUGUAACAGCAUUGGUUGCGUGAAAAGAUUGGCCACUCUUUUUAAUAUACUUGAAUGCAAACCUUUAUCUCUGCACGCCAAUAUGCAACAACGACAACGCUUAAAAAAUCUCGAAAGGUUUCAGGCUGAUGAAAAUGGACUGUUGAUAGCUACUGAUGUAGCCGCGCGAGGUUUAGAUAUACCUAAUAUAGAGCAUGUGAUACACUAUCAGGUUCCCAGAACAGCGGAGAAUUAUGUACAUAGGAGUGGUAGAACGGCGAGAGCACAAAAAGAAGGUAUCACGGUUCUGAUGAUGGAGCCUUCUGAAAAACAGAAUUACAUCAAGUUAUGCAAAACUCUCGGACGUACGCACGAUUUGCCUAUAUUUCCUGUGGUAGACAAUAUAUUAAUCACGAUAAAAAACAAAGUGAAUGUCGCUCGCGAUAUUGAUAAGCUAGAAUUAAAAUACCGCCGGCAAAAUAAUCAAAAAGGUUGGCUGAAAAAAGCGAUCGAGGAUAUGGACAUGGUUUUGGACGAAGAGGACGAUGAUGAAUCAUCGACGGAAUCGGAAGAAGCAGCAACGUUGAGGCGACAAUUAAAGGCAAGGAAAAAUCAACUACGAUCGUUGUUAUCAAAGCCAAUAUUCCCGAAAGGAUUCUCGGGAAAAUAUCUCGAUGAUAAUUUGAACGUAGAUAUAACUCAGGAUGCACAGAAGGCUAUCGAAGUGAUGAAGAAAGUUAUAGAACAUAAUACUGAUAAAAGUAAAGAUAGUAACACCGUAUCUAAGAAGAGACCUAAAGGUGAAAAACAUCCGCAAAAGUCAAGAAGAUCUAAAAUAUUAAAAAAGACAUAAAAUAUAUAUUUUUCUCACACAAACAGAAUCAUUGUCUUCCUCUUUACAUUGUUCUAUGUUUGCGGACCACAAUUGGAUUUAACAAAAAUUAGAUCAAUUUUAUUUUAACACAACUUA